AUGGCCUCAGACUCAGAGCCCAUCCCACCCAGCAAGACACGCUCCGCUGCGCUGAUGGCAACCCUCGCAUGCGUGUCAUUCCUCAACACCUUCAACUCGGGCACUCUCACCGUCGCACUCCCAUCCAUCGCCGACGAGCUGCACCUCCCCGAGAACCUGCUGCUCUGGCCGGCGUCCGUGUACGCGCUCGGCCUCUCGUGCACGCUUCUGCUGAUGGGCGCCAUCGCCGACGUCGUGGGGAACCGGCCCGUCUUCCUGCUCGGCUCCGUCCUGUACACGGCGUGCACGCUGGCCGUGUCGGUAGCGCAAACCGGCGCGCAGCUCAUCGCCUUCCGCGCGCUGCAGGGCGUCGCCAUGUCGUUCUGCAUGCCGACGGCCGUGAGCGUCAUCACGUCGACGUUCCCGAGCGGGAAGCUGCGGAACGUCGCCUUUGCCGUGUUUGGCGGCGGCAGUCCGCUGGGGUUUGCGACAGGUCUGGUUCUCGGCGGCGUCUUUGUCCAGUUGUCUGGAUGGCGGACGGCGUAUUACAUGGCCGCUGGGGUUAACGCUGUCGUAACUGUCCUCGCGUGGUUCACCCUGCCCAAGACUACUCCCGUGGAGAAUAUGAAGCACCACUUCAUCCACGGCUUCGACUGGGUCGGCGUCGUGGCGGCCAACGUCUGCCUCGCCAUCUUGUCUUACAUCUUUGCGCAAAUCACGUACAGCGGGAGCACCAUGUCGAAGCCAUACAACAUAACCCUGACGGCAAUCGCAGUCCUGCUCGUCCCCUUCUUCAUCUUCUGGGUAGGCCGCCAGGAGCGCCUCGGCCGACCAGCCAUCAUCUCCAACAGCGUGUGGAAGAAGCGCGAGUUCACGACGGUGUGCAUCACCGUGUUCCUCGUGUGGUCGUGGUUCAACGCCUUUGGCUACUGGAGCACGCUGUUCUUCCAAAUCACGCAGGGCCUGAACGCGCUCGACGCCGCGCUGCGCUUCCUCCCGAUGGUCACCUGCGGCGUCCUCACGAAUGUGGUGGCAGGGCUGGUCAUGGACAAGGUCUCGGCGGGCAACCUGGUGCUGGCCGGCGGCUUCCUGAGCGCCCUCUCGCCGCUGCUCUUCGCCAUCCAGGGCCCGGAGUGGACGUACUGGGCGGCCGGGUUCCCGGCCAUGUGCCUCAGCGUGGUGAGCAUCGACCUGCUGUUCAACGUGAGCAACCUGGUCAUCACGUCGAGCUUCCCCAGCAAGGACCAGGCGCUCGCGGGCGGAAUCUUCAACACCGUCACGCAGCUGGGGAACAGCGUCGGGCCCGCAAUCACGGCAAUGAUUGCGUCGUCCGUAACGCACUCCAAGAUGGAAGACGACGGAGUGAGCGAGGCAUCUGCGACUCUCGAAGGCUAUCGCAGCGCAUUCUGGGCCUGCUUUGGAUUGGCAGUUGUUAGUGUGGCUAUUAGUGCGGUCGGGAUGCGCAAGGCUGGCAAGGUGGGCAUGAAGAAGGACUAG